ACCACGCCCCCUCGCGUCCACUUCCUGUAAACAAAGCAGCAGCAGCUGUCUGUCAGCUCGGUUCCCGUGUUUUCUCACAGUCUGUCUCUCUCUCCGGUACUUUCGACCAUGGCUCAGGCCGGAGUGGUUCUGGACAAGGACCAGUUCAACUGCCCGAUAUGUCUGGACGUCCUGCGGGACCCUGUGACCAUCCCGUGCGGACACAGCUACUGCUCGGGCUGUAUCCAGAACUACUGGGACCAGGACGACUACCUGGGGGUCUUCGUCUGUCCUCAGUGCAGGCAGAACUUCAACCCGAGGCCUCCUCUGGCCAGAAACACCAUGCUGGCGGACGUGGUGGAGAGNUUUAAAAAGACAGGACUCCAAGAGACGACGGCGACCACUUCAAAUCAAAGUUUAGCCCAGGACGGCGACGUGGAGUGCGACGUGUGCACCGGGAGGAAACACAAAGCUGUCAGGUCUUGUCUGGUGUGUCUGGCCUCGUACUGCGACCUCCACGUCCAGCCUCACUACGAGUCUGCUGCCUUCAAGAAACACAAGCUGGUGCCGGCCACCAAACAUCUCCAGGAGACCAUCUGUGGCCGACACGACAAGCUGCUGGAGGUUUACUGCCGCACCGACAAACAGUGCAUCUGUUACCUGUGUCUGACUGACGAGCACAAAGGGCACGACACGGUGCUGGUGGAGGCCGAAAUACAGCAGAAGCAGACGCAGCUUGGUGACAUGAAGCAGAGCUUUAAGCUGAGGAUUCAUCAAAGAGAAAAGGAGGCUCAAGAGUUGAGACAAGCUAUGUUCUCUCUCACUCGCUCUGCUCGGACAGCAGCCGAGGAGAGCGACGCCAUCUUUACCGAACUGAUCCGGUCGAUCGAGCUGAAGCGCUUUGAGGUGAGAGAGCUGAUCAAAGCCCAGGAAAAGACGGCCGUCAGUCAGGCUGAGCAGGUGCUGGAGAAGAUCCAGAAGGAGAUCGCAGAGCUGAAGAAGAACGAGGCUGAACUGGACAAACUUUCCCACACCGAAGACCACGUCCACUUUCUGCAGAGUUGUCAGUCUCUCCAAGCUCCACCGGCAUUAUCAGUUAUGCCUUCAGUCUCAAACCUCAGCUUUGGCCCGGUUAUGACAGCUGUGGCAGAUUUUAAAGGACUGCUGCAGGAGGUCUGCCAGGGAGGAUUUGUCUGCAUCUACGAGAAAGUGAGAGAUGUAGUCAUUGUAGGUCCUCCAAAUCCUGCCGCACAGCUCAACACAACACAGCCCAGUGAUGGAGAAGCAGCUGUACAAAUGGAAGCAACGCAAGUGAUCCCUUCAUCCGGUCUAGACCAAAGUCCUGUGAACCCUCUGAACCCUUUCCUCUGUCCAGGACCUCUUAUGCCCACGUUUGCCCUCUCACCAUUUGGCUCUAAACUCCCCAUGGGAUCCAGACAGAGGCAUCUUCAGCGACGCUCUCACCCCAGAAGGAAAUAAACCUGUAGUGGACAUUGAUGUUUCACAUGCACCUGCCCCGGCUGAACGUUGUCAUACCUCAACACUCUUUUUUUUGACACUCAUGAGUUGUACAUUUAAUAAUUCAUCUCUUGCCAUCACUUUGUUUUCACCAAUCAACUAUAACUGCAUCUUGUGUUAUGGUGUAGGUAUGAACAAGAAAAUAUACGUGCCACUGAAGACAAUACUGACUUAGUAUUAAGCAGCAUAAGUUGAACUGAACAACUACUACUUAUUCCAGUAUUUGAAAUUUAGUUUGUUUUUAAUACAUUUAUGCUUUUAUACUUUAUUUUUUAACCAAAACCUCAACGUGAUCAUUAUAAUUUACAGAUAUGUGUAAUAAUAUAUUGUAAUUUGUGACUUGCUGUCAUUAAAAAAAACAAACACACCUGUA